UGGCACUAUGCGAACAGUGUACCACUUCUGCAGCAAAAACAGAAGUGCGAACUUUGAAGGUUGAGAUUCGUCAGAUUUAAUUGGAUGAAAUCGCCGACUCCGGAAACAAAGUAUGAAGUGACAUUUGUUUGCUGAGGAAUGUGACUUGAUAAAGGAGAACUUUAGAGCGUUGGGCCGUGCUACAACACUGCCAGCAGCUGCCAAUCAACAAAACCACAGUCCUCGCAUAAUCAUCAGAAAACGUCACUCCAUUCAUCAGAGCAUUCCAUCUGCCGUCAACAUUCCUGCAGCUGUGGGAUUUUGCAUCAAUUUCUCUGUGGUCCUGUUGAUUACGAGCACUGAACUGACAACAGCUGAAAGAGAGUUAAAUAAAGUGUAACUGGUUUAACCUUCAUGUCGUGUGCCAACUCGUCAUUCCCUCAAGAACUCUGCUGAGAAUUCAGAGACGCUACAGUGCACUUAUGUGUCUGACGGCGUUCGUGUUAAACCCAGACCCCGGGGAUGGCGGAUAUCGUCUCAUACUCGCCUUCAACAGAGAUGAGUUUUACGAGAGGCCCACCAAACCGGCCGAGUUCUGGGACAGGAACACCGACAUCAUAAGUGGUCAGGAUAUGUUUGUAGGCAAGGAGGGAGGCACCUGGCUAGGUAUGAGCCGAUCAGGCAGGCUGGCCAUGCUUCUGAAUAUCCUGAAACCUGACGGGAUUAACCCUGAUGCCAAAGGAAGAGGCUCCCUUGUGUCAGACUUUCUGGAAGGUAGCAUGGAUGGCCAGACCUACCUCCAGGGCAUAGCAAAGGAAUGCGAUUCGUACAACGGCUUCAAUCUCAUCACUGUGGAACUUGGGAAUAAUGGAAGCGUAGACGCUAACUACUACACAAACUAUGCCCUGGAGACGACAGACCCUAUCAAACUGACCUCAGGUAUACAUACAUUCUCAAACCACACAAUCAACACGUCAUGGCCAAGGACAGAUCACAUACGAACAGAACUCGAGAAAAUCGUCCAAAAUGCACACAGCCUUACCAAAGAAGAACUAACAGGGGAGUUAUUGGCAAUGAUGGCACGCGAUGUACCGCUUGUGUCCAGUGCAGACAUUUCCACAGAAGACAUGGACAUCGCUAAGCUCAAAGAAAUGCUGAAGGAAUUGGUGUUCAUCAAGUCAAACACAUAUGGAACAAGGACCACAACUGUUAUCCUUAUUGAUGCGACAGGAAAUGUCUCAUUCACUGAGAGGACACUGAAAGAACCAAUCGAUCCAGCCCACCCGGAUUGGGAACAGCAGAAUCACACAUUCUCCCUGCUUUAAACCCUUCCCGGCCCUUUAAAAUCCAGCGGGAGGUCCAGCAGGAUACUCGCGUGAUUGAGGGAGGUAGAGCCCAACCACUUUUACUAUGCAUAGGUAUUUUAACACACGUUGGCUCAGGGUAGCUUAUAUAAAGUUAACAACAAACACGUUUUCUUGUGAACAAUUUAUUUCAUAUAGAUCUACCGCUCCUUUUGACACACAGUCCGUGGUGAUGGUGUAUUUGGACAGCUAAUCUUGCUGGGUCGCUGAAUCAGGCAAAUUUGGCCCAAAGUUUAAGAUAUUCAUUUUAAAUCAGCCAAUUCCCCUAAGAUGCAACCAUACUGGCAGUUUCCAUUUUUAACUGUAAUGUACUUUUAUGCAAUUAUUUUUUUUGGGGGGGGGGGCAUUUGAAAAUUUUUGAAAUGCCUUGCUAUAUUAUUACAUUGUCUUUAUAUCACAUUCAAUUUUCUAGUGGAUGUUGUCAACACAUUUUUUUAUGUAAUUAUUGAUAAUAGUUUUAUAACCUCUAUCGUAAUCAAGUACAGCCCUAAAGUGAUCAAAUGUGAUAAAUUGUGCAAUUUAAUAUGAACGUGGUUUCAGCAGUAUGAACAGAUUUAGUAGCGUGUUAAAACUUUUAAAAUAUUAAUUGGUUCGGUGAAUACUUGAGUUAUUUUUAUAACCCUUUGAGUACUAUGUUUGCAUAUUUGCCUCAACAGUACACAUGCACUUUUGAAUUAUUUUUAGCAGCUGCAGUAGUUACUGACUAAAAUUUGCCAAUGAAUUUGGAAAGUGCAAAUCUUGUAGCAAAAGACAACCAAUUUGAAAGUUUUUGGAUAUGUUUUGUUUGGUAUUUUUAUUGUACAAAUUUAAUGGAGAAAACAUUUUCAAUGAGCAAAAGGUUGUAUUCAUAAUUUGUAUAGAAAAUCCAUAAACUUAAAGAGUGUGUGCUGAAAAGUGACAUUGCAACAGCAUUCUCGUUUCUCAGGAAAUGGUGUGGAAAUUGUAAAUUGCUAAAAACAAAAGUUGUUUUUUGAAAACUCAUUAAAAACUGAAAAAAAAAUAUAGCUGUUAUUCUACGAAAGUGUCUGAGCUGGAAACUUGUAUUACGCCCUCUCGUGACUGAUUCUAGAAAAUUCCUUUGUGAUUCUCGUUCACAUGUUCAUAAAAAAAAUAUUUCUUUACCCUGCGAGGUUCCAUCGUUUUAUUUUAGUUGUAAUCCACCACAGUACUGAACUUCUUCGCUCAAUUUAAAAGCAAGCAGCUAUACUUUACAAGCCUUGUAUUUGGAGCUGGACAAUACAAAUCCUAUGGGAGUUGGCCUGGGUCUGAUCUUUGCCUCAGAAAUUCUGGGUCAAAAGUUCAACCAGGGUUAAUCUCUACUCAAAGUGUCUAAAUAGAUGGAUAGAGCUCCUCUUC